UUCCCCAAUUCGGACGGACAAAAAAAAAUUGUGAGAUUCGAAGUGAAAGAAAGAGCGGCACCGUCCACACCACAGAUGUAUAUAUAUAUUUUUUUCUCUUUCUUUCUCUUUUCUUUCUCUCGCUCACUACUAUUCCGUAAUAGCGUUUGACCAACAACAAGCAUACGUUUCAACGAUGGACUCAGAUUCCACCAAUAAGUACAUUCCGGAUCAUCGUCGUACCAAUUUCAAGAACAAGGGUAGAUUCAACCCUGAUGAGCUUCGUCGUCGUCGUGAAAACCAAAGUGUUGAAUUGAGAAAGGCCAAAAGAGAUGAAACUUUGGCAAAGAGAAGAAAUUUCAACAUCACCACUGAAGACUCUGAUGACGAGGAUUCUGGAAAGAUCGAUGACGAUUCAUCAUUCCUCACACAUCUACAACAAGAGCUUCCAAGAAUGAUGGAGCAGAUCCAAUCUAGCAACUUUGAUUUGCAAUUGGCAGCCACGGUCAAGUUCAGACAAAUCUUAUCAAGAGAACGUAAUCCACCAAUCGAUUUGGUGAUUCAAUCUGGUGUAGUGCCAAUCUUGGUUGGAUUCAUGACAGACCAACCAGAGAUGUUGCAAUUAGAGGCUGCCUGGGCCUUGACGAACAUUGCAUCUGGUACAUCUGAACAGACCAAGUUUGUCGUUGAAGCUGGUGCAGUGCCAUCCUUUGUCCAGUUGUUGUACUCUCCAUCUGCAGAGGUUAAAGAACAAGCUAUUUGGGCUUUGGGUAACGUUGCUGGUGACUCUUCUCAAUACAGAGAUUUUGUCUUGUCUUGUAACGCCAUGCCACCUGUUCUUUCGCUCUUCAACACUUCAAAGAUGUCCUUAAUUAGAACAGCAACAUGGACACUUUCCAAUCUGUGCAGAGGUAAGAACCCACAACCUGAUUGGGACAUUGUUUCGCAAGCUCUUCCAACUUUGGCCAAGUUAAUCUACUCCAUGGAUGUCGAAACUUUGAUCGAUGCUUGUUGGGCGAUUUCUUAUCUCUCCGAUGGUCCUUCUGAGUCCAUCCAAGCUGUUGUUGAUGCUAGAAUUCCAAAGAGAUUGGUUGAGAUUCUUGGACACGACAGUACUGCUGUACAAACACCUGCUCUUAGAGCCGUUGGUAACAUUGUAACUGGUAAUGAUUUACAGACACAGGUUGUUAUCAAUGCUGGUGUCUUGCCAGCGCUCCUUCCAUUACUGUCCUCUCAAAAGGAGUCUAUCAGAAAAGAGGCAGCAUGGACCAUUUCCAACAUUACCGCUGGUAACCCAGAACAGAUCCAAGCAGUCAUUAACGCCAACUUGAUCCCACCAUUGAUCAGAUUGCUUGAAAAAGGUGACUACAAGACUAAGAAGGAGGCAUGCUGGGCCAUCUCUAAUGCUUCAUCUGGUGGAUUGACCAGACCGGAGAUCAUCCGCUUCUUGGUAUCUCAAGGCUGUAUCAAACCACUCUGUGAUCUCUUGGCUGUUGCCGAUAACAAGAUCAUCGAGGUUACUUUGGAUGCAUUGGAGAACAUCUUGAAGAUGGGUGAACUUGAAAAGGAAACCAACGGACUGACAGAGAAUGCCAACGCUAUGUAUAUCGAGGAAUGUGGUGGCAUGGAGAAGAUCUUCGACUGUCAAAGCAACCAGAACGCUCAGAUCUACGAAAAGGCGUAUAACAUUGUGGAUAAGUACUUUUCCGCGGAAGAUGACGUUGAAGACACGGGAUUAGCACCAGAUCAAAGCGGUAACACCUUUGCUUUCGGAACCAACCAAACCCAAUUCUCAUUUUAAUACCCACUCAGUUUCUGUUAACACAGAUCAUCUCCUCCAUUUAUUUUUUCCACAGUGGAAUAUCUCUUUCUAUCUCUUUUUCUCUCUCUUUCUUUAAUCUAAUGAUCUUGAUUU